AGAUCUCGACACUGAACGUGUUUUGACAGUUGCAUGGGCCAGCCCUCUUCCUAUGAGAAUGGACAUGCUAGCGAACACGGGGUCGGCAACCGAAAAACAAAAUCUCGCCGACGCUCAAAGGGACUCGAACAGAAUGCUCAGAAAGGCGGAAAGAAUCAUCAGGACGGGCAAGAAGGACCCUAAUUCCGCACAAAUGCUCAAAGAGGCGUUCGGCCCAAAUUGGGAGCAGCACCACGACCAAUUGAAGAAGGAUGUUCGUCAAAUGAGGACAGCAAACCUGAAGGUUCACGAUAGCAACGCCGCAACGACAGAGGCCCAAGCAAAGAAAGGGCAACAGUUUGGGGCGUUUGUGAGGGGAACGGCUCAAGGUCCUGUCGCCCACUUUGGCUCUCAGUACCACAACAAGGACCAACAGCAACGCGCUGGCACAGCAGUACAUGAGUUGAGUCAUGCAGUCUUAGGGACGGGAGAUCACGUUGCUAUCGAUG